CAUGAAUGACGAAGAAAAUAGCACCGUCUCUGACACAGUCCAAAAGGAAGGGAUGUAUGAGCUUCCAGACCAGCCAGAAGAGGAUGAAGGUCCUCUCUGUGAUAACAUCCACGAAGGCCUGACAGAAAACAGUGUAUAUGCCACUGAGCUGGAAACCCAUGAACAUGACUCUGUGUCAGUUUGUGUGGCUGGGGGUGAGGAGGACAGCUUGACUUCUUCCCAACCAGAAGCAGCAGACUAUCUCCUGUCUGAUGAGGUAUGUCUUGAGUCCCAAGAUCUUCAACCAGGUGAGUGGCAGGAAGACCAGGACAUCUCGAUGGAAGAGUUACACUCACCAACCCAGGAUAAGGAGCCUGGCCCGGAGGAACCCCAAGACCAGGAGCCUGGCUUAGAGGAACCCCAGAAGGAUGGAGGCAUGAUGGGGGAAGACCCGCUUUCCCCCCAAAACUUCACCAUCCAACAGAGCAGGGCCUUCUUCACCAGCAAUUCUGCUGCUGAUGGUUUGGAAGAAAAUGAACCAACUUCCACGGACCCUGAGAUCAGCCUGUUUGUGAAGGCUGGAAUCGAUGGGGAAAGCAUUGGCAACUGUCCCUUCUCUCAGCGACUCUUUAUGAUCCUCUGGCUAAAAGGCGUUGUGUUCAAUGUCACCACUGUGGAUCUGAAAAGAAAGCCGGCAGACCUGCACAACCUUGCCCCUGGCACGCAUCCACCCUUCCUGACCUUCAACGGGGAUGUGAAGACGGACGUCAAUAAGAUCGAGGAAUUCCUGGAGGAGACUUUGGCUCCUGAAAAGUACCCCAAACUGGCUGCAAAACACCGGGAAUCCAACAUGGCCGGCAUCGACAUCUUCUCCAAGUUCUCGGCCUACAUCAAAAACACAAAGCAGCAGAACAAUGCUGCCCUUGAGAGAGGCCUGACCAGGGCUCUGAAGAAACUGGAUGACUACCUGAACAACCCUCUCCCAGAGGAGAUCGAUGCCAACACUUGCGGGGAUGAAGACAGGAGGUCCCAGCGCAAAUUCUUAGAUGGGGACGAACUGACCCUGGCCGACUGCAAUCUGUUGCCCAAACUCCAUGUGGUCAAGAUUGUGGCCAAGAAGUACCGCAACUAUGAUUUCCCGGCCGAGAUGAGGGGCCUGUGGCGGUACCUGAAGAACGCCUAUGCGCGGGAUGAGUUCACCAACACCUGUGCGGCAGAUAAAGAGAUCGAGUCGGCCUACGCCGAUGUGGCCAAGCGCCUCAGCCGGUCCUGAGCUCGGCCGCCUUGCCUCCCCCCCCCCCCCCAACUCCCCCGGCAGCAGAAGGACUCGGCUUCUCCCAAAGGAACUCCGGCCUCGCAGAUUCCCCUUUCCCGCGUCGGGAAACAUCGUUUGGUCGCCUGCCACAUCUCGCUGGCCUCGUGGGACCCCAGCCUGCUGCCUCUUAGGAGGGUCCCAGCCCACCCCAUCUGAUCACGUGGGCAUCUGCAAGCAGAAAUGAUGGAAACACACCAGGGCUCAGCCUUUGGGCCUGGUCCAGGUUUCGGUGUGUUUGGGGUCAGUGCUGGAGAGCCCAUCUAGGGGACUGCCCCUGGCCCCACGCCAAUAUCAGAAUAGCUGCUUGGCUGCAUUAGGAAUAUGCAACACCGUGUCCCCCCCCCUUUGUUGGUAACUCCACGGCCAAGGACAGAUGCUAUCGUAGUUCUUGCUAGAAAGAGAGCCACUGCGUUGCGGGGAGACAGAGAGAGUGAAUGGAGGGCCGGCAGGCUGUGGAUUGGGCAACUGGCGCAUACAUCUUCAGUCCCUCUCUGCUUCCUGACGCUCCGGUCACACGGGACACUGAAGACCAGACUGGAACACCACUUCAGACGGUCUCUGUUGGCUGCAGUGCUGAGAAGGUCACCAUGCUUUUGUGUAUCUGGCUGACACCAGCGUCUGGUUCUCAGCUGUCCAGGCCUUUUGAGGAAGGGAAGUUGGCAUGCAGUCGCAAACCAGGGUGGCUGCAAAGGGCAGGGGGAGAAGUGUCGAUGCCAAAAGGCCCACGGGGUCUACCAGCCAUGGGGUUUGCUUGCUUGGGGCAGUUUUGUUGGAGAUGCCAUGCCUGGGUUUGAUUGAUCCACGGGUCAAUUUUGGUCUGUGAGAAAGCAGAUUGGGGGGGUGGGGGUGAAGAUAGAGAAGUUCUUUAGGAGGCUCGAUGUUCCCUGGGAAUCUUUCACACAGGUCUUCUCUCUCAUGAUCUAAGUCUUGAACUGCUGACGUCAUGUCACUACCCACCAAGAAUUGGCCAAAACUGACUUUCCAGUCUCUUCAAGUGGUUCUCGAAUGCGGGUCUGCCAGCCGGGUGUGACUCCUGGCUGAGUUGGCUGCAACCUCUGACGGGUGAGAGAUGGCAUGAUCAUGGAACACCUUAGGAAGAAAGUUCAUGGGCCUUUCUGACCGGGAAACCAUGUGGUUUGAACCUGAGGAAAAGAAGAUGCCCCGUCUGGGUUAAUUUUCCUGCCAUCUGACUCACCUGCCAGAUGAAAAAGGAACAUGUUUUAGCUAAUAUUUCACUCCUCAGUCGUUCUCCUUGAGUUUCACCUCUUUCCAAGCUCACCCGGCUCAAGCCUGGGGACCUGUGCAGAGGAAACUAAGAAAAACGAGCUAAUCAUCAGCCCUCUGUCCUAGUGAUGCGCUGUGAGAAAAGCCACCCGCCAUAGACGGUCACCUUCAGCAGUCCUCCCAUCUGGGCUGCCUGUGGGUAGAGUGAGGUCCUGAGUGCCAGAAAGCCCCGGGACCUAGCUCAUUGCUCAGGAAGGUCAGGGCAGCACGGUCCUUUCCAUAGAAACAUCCGCAUAUCCUCACCUCGGCCACCCCCAGACCGGCCUGCCUCCUGGGAUCUCUGAAGAAAUCACGUGGCCGCCGAUCUGAGCAGAAGGGAGGAAACAGGAGCCCCUUGAGCCCACUGAGGAAGAGGAAAUUUCUCAGUAGGACGUUUUAUUAGCCUGAGAGCUUUGCAAGGGCAGGAGGCAUUGAUUCAUUCCCACCCCUAAAGGAACCUUCCCAGGGACUCCCUGGGAACUUAGUCCCAAGACAUGUUUAAAAAGGAGCAUGGUGAGGAAGCAGUUCUUUUUACUGUAGGGGUAAGCCCUGAACUGGCCUCUUGGGAGAUGAAGUCUUGAAUGAUCCCAGAGGACUUAUAAUUAGUGUAAAUCCUGUUGUCCUCAGAAACCCUUCCCUGAGUUUAGCAACACAGGCACGAUGACCUAAGAAGCAGUUUACUUUCCAGAGACCCACAGUGAUGCUGUUCUAGAAGCACGUCGGUGUAGCAAAGGGAGUGGGACAAAGAAAACAGGCCCCCCAGGUGGCACAGCUCCUGGCUAGGGGUUGUCUGAUCCUAAUGGCUGAUUUGAGAGUCAGACUUCAGCCAUUGGCGAGUCUUUCUGCAAACAAGACACAGAGUCUUCUAUCCAGUGCUUUUUAGCAUUCAAAUCAAGUAACAUGUGCCCCCUUCAUGAAUGCGUAUUCCUCUACCUUUGCCAAUAUUCUUCUCCCAGCUUAGUUGCAGGAUGCUUUCCUUUCACCAUGAGGUAUGAUCCAAAGUGUGCAUCAUUUUAUUUGUUACUUGAGGAGUUAGAUCCAAUGCUCCCCUCACUAACCAAAAAAUAAAAUGAAAGAUUGCCUCAUUACAGGGUUUCGGCUAAUACGUGUUUCUAUAAAAGCAAUCUGUUUUUUUUUGGGGGGGAGAACAUAGUUUAAAGGAUCCAAUUAUCUAAGAUAUGUUAUGCCUAGUUAGAAGUUUCACAAUAAUGAUUAUGCAUAUACUUAAAAUAUAAAAUAUCCAGCUGAUGUUUGAACUUUGUCUUACUUUCUUGACCUCGUGUUUGUCCCAUCCUAAAAGCUAGGGGUUAACUAAUUUAGCAAAAGAUGCCUAGCUUUUAUAAAAGAACAAACACUACAUUUUAUAAAGACACUCCAAAUGAUGGUUACUUGUUUUUCUCAAGACCUUUAACUGUGGUGACAAAAUAGCAGGACUUGCUUUCAAGCCUUAAUAAAUAUAAAUUGCGUUUUAAUGAAGAUAUUGCUGAAUGUUUUCUUCAUGAAUCUGAACCAGUAAUAAAUUUGUUUUCCAGUCUUGAUUGGUAUUGACUGAAUCAAAUAAAGUUGGUUUAUUUUCAGCUAUUACAAAAGCAAUCAUCAGACUGCUUAUUUGAGGUGGGGAUUUCCCAUGCUGUUUUAAAUGACAAGUGUGAACUACCUUUUUUUUUCCCAAAUAAAAGUUACUCUGUUUUCCCAUUAUAAAA